AUGUAUGUGCGUCGCACUGCCGUCCUCGCCAUCAUGGCGACCAUCAGCGCCAUGGCAGUCACAGCCCAAAAUCUGUCGUUUGGAGCCGACAACUUCUACCGUGGCGAGAGCGUUCAGAUGCAGCCUAUCACUUUCCCUACCGCGUACCGCACCAACGUCGUAGGCAACCUCUUUUACCCACGUAACCUAAGCCGCAGUGUCGAGACUCCUGCCAUCGUCGUCGGCCACCCCAUGGGCGCCGUCAAGGAGCAGAGCGCCAAUCUCUAUGCCACCAAGCUCGCUGAACAAGGUUUUAUCACCAUUUCCAUCGACCUUCCCCACUGGGGCGGCAGCGAUGGCGAGCCUCGCAACGCCGUUUCGGCCGAAUACUAUGCAGAAGCGUUCAGCGCCGCUGUUGACUACCUCGGCCUUCAACAAUUUGUCGACCGUGAGCGCAUCGGUGGUGUAGGUAUCUGCGGUAGCGGCUCCUUCAUCAUCAGCGCUGCCAAGAUCGACUCCCGUCUUAAGGCUAUUGCCACUGCAAGCAUGUACGACAUGGGCGCCGUCACUCGCAACGGCCUCCGAAGGUCACAGACCCUAGCCCAGCGCAGGGAGCUUAUCGACGCCGCCGCCGCACAGCGCUGGAAUGAGUCCCAGGGUGCAGAGCCCGAGUUAGUCGGCGGCACUGUGGAUAGGUAUGAGGAUGUUACCGAUGCUAUUCAGCAAGAGUUCUACGACUUUUACCGCACCACUCGCGGUGAGGUCACACCCUCAGGUGCUUUACCUAACACCACGACUCACCCCACGCGCUCGAGCCAAGUCAAGUUCCUCAACUUUUAUCCCUUCAACGACAUCGACACUAUCUCGCCCAGACCCCUGCUCUUCAUCUCUGGUGACCAGGCCCACUCGCGCGAAUUCAGUGAGGAGGCCUAUAGACUUGCUGCUGAGCCUAAGGAACUGAUUUGGGUCCCUGGUGCUGGCCACGUCGAUCUCUAUGACCCGCAACCAGCACAGGUUGGAAAAAUCCACCAAAUUUCAAGCAUCGAAGACGUACUAUACUCCAUUGACCCGUGGCUACUCUAUCAGUCAGACAACUUUCUACUCGAUUUCAGACUCUCUCUAGAUGUGGAGCGCAUACGACUUGAUCUACGGCCAAUUCAGAGGGUCAAUCUCGCCUCAAAAACCUUACACCUCGAGCCAGAUGGAGCAGAUGAGAUUCUUGAUAAUUGGGAGAGUUCAGUGCUAUUUGAAGAUAGGGAAAACAUGCUCUUCGAAGGCGUUACUCUUCUUUUUAACCGAGUUUCUCAUGAAUGGGACGAAGCUGGCCGGGCACGAAUCGCGAUCCGACAUCCACAACCUUAUUUGUUCGAAGGCUUCUUCACCUUGAAUGGUCAUGCCUACCAUGUCACACCGAGCGAUGAAUAUCUCAAAAAAAGAAAUGAUGGGGAUCCUUCGCCGCCAACUUCAGGUUCUACACAUAUGGUCGUUUGGAAAUGA